CUGUUGCUUUCACCUGUGUAGGCACGCGGCUCGCUGGAGCAGUUGUUUUGCAUAAGGGAGUUGCUUGCUUUACGGUGUGACCGAAGCUACCUGAAGUCAUGGCUGAACAGGUUGCUUCCACGUGUGAGCAGCUUAUUAAAGCUGUGAUUAUGAUAAUGGAUGCAGAAACAAGCCAAAUUUACCGAACGGAGGCAUUAAAGUUUUGUGAAGAGUUUAAAGAGACAAGCACACUGUGUGUCCCAUGUGGCCUACAACUAGCUGACAAAACCCAGCCAGCUGUGGUGAGACACUUUGGUUUGCAAAUACUGGAGCACGUCAUCAAAUUCAGAUGGAACGACAUGCGACAACAAGAGAAGGUGCAGUUAAAGGAGUGUGCUAUGCAGCUGCUAUCAACUGGUACUCGUUCUAUCCUGGAGGAAGAGAGCCAUGUCAAAGAUGCCCUGUCUCGAAUAACCGUGGAAAUGAUCAARAGGGAAUGGCCUCAAAAUUGGCCAGCUAUGUUAAAAGAGAUGGAUGCUCUUACUCGCCAAGGGGAGACACAGACAGAACUCGUCAUGUUGAUUCUUUUGAGACUGGCAGAAGAUGUGAUCACCUUCCAGACGUUGCCCACCCAGCGACGCCGAGACAUUCAGCAGACUCUCACUCUAAACAUGGAUAGCAUCUUCAGUUUUAUAUUGAMCAUUCUGCAAAAUAAUGUUGAGGAGUAUCGUAAAGUGAAAGAAAUACCCGGACAUGAACUUCAGGCCAGAGCUCACUGUCGAGUUGCUGUGGCAGUACUUAAUACUCUCGCAGGCUACAUAGACUGGGUGUCUUUGGUACACAUCACCUCCGGAAACUGUAAGUUGCUGGAGAUAUUGUGUCUGCUGCUGAGUGAACCGGAUCUGCAGCUGGAGGCUUCAGAGUGUCUUCUCAUUGCUUUGAGUCGGAAGGGAAAACUGGAGGAGAGGAAGCCGUUCAUGUUGCUGUUUAACGAUGUGGCCAUUAACUACAUCCUCUCUGCAGCCCAGUCAGCAGAUUGUGUCGCAAUCUGUACGAACUCCUCAGAAUCCCAGGCAGUGGAGGUGGUGGAACGGCGGUACAAUUUCCUAAAGAGGCUCUGUCAGGUCUUGUGCGCUCUSGGAUUCCAGCUCUGCUCAUUGGUGGGUUCACAAGUGCAGGUUGAAGCACCUGGUAAUCUCAGCAAGUACAUGGAUGCCUUAUUUGCCUUCACUAUGCAUUCCAGUGUGUUUUUAAAAUCCUUUACUGUGCCAACUUGGACAGCUUUGUUCAAACACGAGACUCUGUCAAAAGUCACAGCUGUUGUGGAAAUGGCCAUGAAAUACCUCAAAGCUACAAUGACCACUCUUGUUAGGACCGGCUUCCCUUCUCGAAACGACAGCCUGAGUUGUGUGUACUCUCGUUUGGACUUUGACAGCGACGAAGACUUCAACAUGUUCUUCACCUCUUAUCGAGGGCAGCAGGGGGAUGUUGUGAGAUGUAURAGUCGCAUUGUUCCACUAGAGGCUUUCCAGACAGCAGCAGAAUGUUUACAAUUUCAGAUUGCCAGUCCCAUUGAUCCCGGAGACGCCAAAUGUAAGACUGCAGGGGGUAUGUGUUCUCUGCUUUCUCCAUCAGUCAUCCAGUGGGAUGCGGCCACAGUCUUUAUGGAGGGUGUCAUGUCUCAGAUCAUUAAAAAUUUGGAGGAGGAGAAGCUGCCUAUAGAUCAGAGCAUGGAGCUGCUGCAGGCCCUGCUGAACUAUGAAACCAGAGAUCCGCUCAUCCUGUGCUGUGUGCUCAGCAACAUCUACGCCCUCUUCCCGUUUGUCAUCCACAGACCACAGUUCCUGCCGCUGGUCCUCGCCAAGCUGUUUAAGGCCAUAGCAUUUGAAACUGAAAUGGACAUGUCAUCUUGGACUCGAGCUGUAAAGAACGUGAGGAGACACGCCUGCUCUUCUAUCAUAAAAAUCUGCCGGGACUACCCACAGUACCUCUUGCCUUGCUUUGACUCRUUUUACAGCGAUGUAAAAGCUAUGUUUUCAGGCARCGUAGUGCUGACUUACCUGGAGAAGAGCGCACUAGUAGAAGCUCUGGUGCUCAUCUCUAACCAGAUUAAAAACUUCGAAAAGCAAAAGACUUUUAUAAACGAACUUUUGGCUCCAGUGAUUGCAGAGUGGACUUCGGAGGAGAUGAAAAUUGUGAUUUGGGACCCUGUCAAGUUUCUAUCCUUUGUUGGAGCUGAUCAAGUCGUCACUGAUCAAAAUGCAGACACAGAUGCAGCCAGCAGUAACAGAUGGCGAUUGAGUUUCUGUCUGUCCGCAAUGUUGGGAGUGCUGAGGCGUUCACGCUGGCCUGCAGACCUAGAAGAAGCCAAAGCUGGGGGUUUUGUGGUGGGUUACACCUCUGCUGGAGCCCCCAUCUACAGAAACCCCUGUGCUGCACAGUUCCUGGACUUUUUGCCCAACCUACUGGCUCUAGUAGGGACUCAAAACUCCUUGUUCAUACCAGAGAACAUGGCUCAUCUCAGYGAGACUUUCUCUAAAGUCUUCGAUGUGACCGAAGCAGAAAAAAACAUKAUUCUAAGACUCUUUCAGCCACCUCUGGAUAUUUAUGGCUCUCCUGUGCGCAAAACCAGCUUAGAGCGAAUGCAGGGAUUUUUCUGCUCAUUAUAUGAGAGUUGCUUCCACAUCCUGGGCACUGCAGGUCCAGCCCUGCAGCAGGAGUUCUACACUAUUGACAAGUUGUGUGAAUUAAUAACAGGGUCUGUUUUUACCUCCCUCGACCACAUAACAGACAGCAGGUUUYGCCUAGUGCUUCGACUAUUUUUGAAGCUGCUGGUGCUCUCCUGUCCUUCAGAGUACUUUGAGAGUUUACUAUGCCCUCUGCUGGGCCCUCUGUUCUCCUACAUGUUGCAGAGGCUUAACGCCAAGUGGGAGAUGAUCAGCCAGAGGACAUCUAUAAAUGGAGAAGAUGAGGAGGAACAGGAGCUYUGUCAGGACAGUCAGGUGGCGCAGGAGAUGUUGGAGGAGGAGGUUUUACGGCUGCUCACYAGGGAGGUUUUGGAUCUUCUCUCCAUCAGUUGUAUCCUUAAAAAAGUGCCUGAAUCAGCAGCAAAUAAAGAGGAAAUUGAUGAAGAAGAUGUGAUGAUGAUGGAUUCAGCACAGAUGGGACCUUCUACGCAGCCCACAGAGGAGCUGACUGAACUUGGAAAGUGUCUGAUCAAAGAUGAGAGCACCUGGAUGUCACUGUUGACGCUCGCUUUUACCUCGCUGUCGUGGAAUGACGCCACUAAUUGUCAUCGCACUGCUUCCACGGUCUGCUGGACGCUUCUGCGUCAGGCUGUUGAUGGGAACCUCCUUCCUGAAGCAGUCAGCUGGAUUUUUACCAGCGUUCUCAAAGGACUUUUUAUUCACGGGCAGCAURAAGUCUGCAACACUACGCUCACUCAUCUGGCCAUUCUCAUCUAUGAAAACCUGCGUCCUCGCUACGCAGAGCUGAGAACAGUGAUGACCCAAAUCCCAAACAUCAGGAUUGAAGCUCUGGACCAGUUCGAUCAAAGGCUUUUGGGUAGUAAAAGCCAGCGGCUUGGAGAGAAGAAGAMGAAGGAACARUUCAGGAAGCUCAUUGCAGGAGUUGUCGGGAAAGCUCUGUGCCAGAAGUUCAGGAAGGAGGUUCAUAUCCGCAAUCUMCCAUCGCUCUUUAAAAAUCCAAAGCAAGACACGGAUAUAGUGGAGACUGAGUCACUGGGCCUCGCAGCUCUGUUYGCCCCUGAGAAUGACGCUCUGUAGGAAGGAACAAACGGACUCGGUACCGACUGCAAACGGACUUGUGCGUACAAAUCUUUCCCCCGAUUCAGUGUGAUGCUGCCCAACAAAUCUCUCAACUCAUCUGUUCAGUAGGUCGUCUCUUCCAACUCACCAAGCCUCAAAAUCUGUUCACAAUCUCCAUGUACGACGCAGUUCCACUGUCUACGUUGUAAAUGUUUUUUUUACUCGACUCCCUUCUCUAUACAAUUUAAAAACGGGAAAAGUUUCUUCUGUGAGGCUGUUCUAGAAAACAAGUAUUUAUUUACUGGAAAUUUGAUUCUCAGCUGUAACUUACUCAGACAUUUCUGCUUUCCAUAACUUUAUUUGGCUUUUUUUUUUUUGUUAUUUUAAUAGGCUAUAACUACACACUACCGUAGAGUUCAGGAAUACGACUGAGAGCCGAGCAGCAGUUUCUAUUUUCAGAAAAGUAAUUUGCAUCUAAUGAUAACUUAAAUAAGCAAAGUCUGUGCAGGAGCUAGCCGCAGUGGGAGCCUGUAAUGAUUCUGUGAGGAAACGAGUACAGAUCUGUACUCCAAAUGCUUUUUAUCCCCCUUAAAGGUAUAAAUAGGAUGUAAUAUAGUUCUUAAAGAUGCGUGCAAGCAGAUGCAUUGUCACAAUGCAGCUGCUGGAUCUAGGGAUGAAUUAUAAAUAGGGGAAAAAACGUAGUCAAUUUCUUAUGCACGGUUCUGUUGACAAGUUAGUUUUUAACUGRACGAGCUUUCAGCGUUUUGAAGGAUCACAACUAUUUCUCGUGUUCAAUGUUGUUCUUUGGAAGCGGGGUGGGGUGGGGGUACUUUAAGAUAUCCUAAACUGUAAAUGGUUAAUGUAAUUGCAUAUAAGCGCAGCUGUCUAUUUUCUAAAUCUUACCAGAUGGUUAAGCUAAUAUGGGGUUCGCUGUUCUGCCAGCUCGUCRUAUCAGAACAACUUGUACGGCCCUGGAACGGAUCAGAGCUGCUUAUGAAGAACGAGGGAAUAAAUGGUUCAAAUAUUACAUCCACAUGUUGUGCCAAAACACUGUCUGUGGAUUUAUGAGCAGAAGUCUACUUGUAGUAAAUGACAAACAAUUAAAAAAUGGACUGAGCAACUAAUGCGUAGCUUAAUCCAAGUUUUUAGUUGUAUUUUUGUCCUACUGUUGUUUUUCAUUUAACGUUUUUUUUUUUUUUUAUAUGUGAUGCUUGGGAAGAAUGCACUACAUUCCUUCUUUGUCCAAGGUUGUUUUAAAGUGUUUUGUUUUAGAUGUAUUUUUUUUCCUGUUACUAUUAUAGAGCUGUCGUGUCAGAUAAAUUUUUUUUUGUUUUAUUUUGUUUUAAAAACUAUUACGUAGUUUCAGACCAAAAAUCCUAAUAGCUGUUUUAGGUUGUGUUAUUCCUCCUCUAAUUUUAUUCAUGUUGACAAAUAUACAUAUCGGAAGCUUCUUUCAUUGAAAAUUAAACCCCAUACGUUCCUAGAAAAUAAACAUUUCAGCCUUUUUUUUUCUUUUCGCCAAUUUGUUAAAUUGUGUUUGAGAUGUUAUUUUUCCACAUGUGGCAAGGUAAUGUGCUUGUUCAACACUAAAUCUUUUUGUACAAAAGAUGAAAAGGUGUUUUUUUAAAGUUUGGUGUUAUAUAUUUUUGUCACACAUGACAACUGUUUGUUUCUAAUUAAAGAUUUAACAUUGUCCAAAGAAAAA